AUGUCGACGCCCGCGCUUGCGACGGCUGCCGAGGGAGCGACGCGCAUCAUCCUGGUGCACGGCACGGGCCACGGCGGGUGGUGCUGGUACCGUGUGGCCACGCUGCUCCGCGCCGCGGGACACCGCGUGGACGCGCUGGACCUCGCGGCGUCUGGCAUCGACUCGCGGCAGCUCCGCGACGUGCCCACCUUCGAGGACUACACGCGGCCGCUGCUCGACGCGCUCCGGGCGCUCCUGCCGGGAGAGAGGGCGGUCCUGGUGGGCCACAGCUUCGGCGGCAUGAACAUCGCGCUCGCUGCGGAGAUGUUCCCGGAGAAAGUGGCUGCCGCCGUGUUUGUCACCGCGUUCCUGCCGGACUGCAGCAACCCACGCUCGCACGUCAUCGAGAAGGUUACCGUGCCAGACUGGAUGGACACCGUCACGGAUGCAGAGCACGCCCCACCCUCGGUGUUCUUGGGGCCUGAAUUCCUGCGCCAUAAGCUCUACCAGCUGAGCCCACCGGAGGACUACACGCUGUCCCAGAGCCUGGCCCGGGAUCAGGCCAUGACCGAGGCGUACCAGCAAAUGAUGAUCGCCGGCUGUCCCGUGGCGGAGGUGAGGGAGAUUGCCGACGCCGACCACAUGGCCAUGUUCUCCGCGCCGGCUGAGCUCGCUGGGCACCUUGCCCACGUCGCCAACACGUACGCUUGA